CGUUGUUGUGGCGUAGUUUUCCUAUUAAUUAUAUGAUAAUAAUAUAAAAUUAAUCAGCUCUACCACGUCAAAGAUAAUAAAUAUAUAAGAUUGAUUCCUCGCCCUCUUUUCUACUCAUCUUUCUCUAUCAGAGGCAGACCGCAAAUUUUGCAAAGAAUCACAGAAAUUUGUCUGUUUGUUUGUUUGUUUCAAUGGCAGUGACGCUUUGGUUGAAAGAAAAGAUCGUGGAUCCUCUCCUCCAAAUCCUCCGCAAGGGAGCAGAACCCAAGCAAUUGGCCUUCUCCGCUGCUUUGGGAUUUACUUUGGGAAUAUUCCCAAUAUGUGGGGUUACAGUGUUGCUGUGUGGAAUGGCAAUAGCGUUGUUGGGAUCCCUCUCCCAUUCUCCAACUGUCAUGCUUGCUAACUUCAUUGCUACUCCUAUUGAGUUGAGUCUGGUGGUGCCCUUCCUGCGCUUUGGUGAGGCGCUGUCUGGUGGAACUCAUUUUCCAUUAACUUCAGAUGCUUUGAAGAAAGUUUUGACGGGCCAAGCUUCGCGAGAUCUCCUCCUUAGCAUUGCCCAUGCUCUGUUGGGGUGGCUUGUUGCGGCACCCAUUAUUUUGGCCACGCUCUACAUACUAUUUUUGCCGAUUUUCAAGGUUCUAGUCCCCAAGUUCAGCAGUGUUCAUUUGAGCCCUAAGAAACAACUUCAUUCACAUUCAGAAGUUAGGCUUAAGGUGAGGGAUGUUUGAUUAAUGUUGUAAUUUGUAUAUUUCUUAUACGGAGCACAUUGACUGGCAACUAACAUAAUAAUACCUGUUGUAUAUAAGUUUUUCUAAGCUUAAUUCAUUUAUAAAGAUUGUGCUUUAUGAGCUUUAUUGUGUUGAGUAUUGUAGCUGAGAUUGCAUCAGGAUAAGAAUAUGAAAAUAGGAAAACUAGGUUGACCAUAAAUGUUGGAACUGGAAACCCUCCUAUUAUGUGCAUUAUUGAGUGUCUUAUUAUAUAUAUAUAUAUACACACACACACAUAUGCUCUUGCCUUUACUCCAUUCCAGUGACUGAAAAUUGAGGGGGUGCUAGUAUUUUCAAAGCAGAAUGGGUUAUCCAGGUGGGCAGAAGGCCUGAUUUGGCUUAGCAGUUGGGUUAGGGUCCCUGCCUUUCCCAACAUUUAGUUACUUUUAAGUUAAAAAAUGCUGAUGAUUAUUUCCAGAAUGUAUUCUUUGUGGCUGAACUCUCUCUCAAAGUAGAAAAGAAAAAUGGCAUGGGAGUCCUUCAGGAAACGAU